GAAAGGCGCAGCGGGGAGGGCGGGAAGGAGGCGUUGCCGCGGCCUCGCCGGUGGCCGGGGCUCUGCCCCGCCGCGCCGAUGUCCCACAGGGCGCGAAGGGGGCAGGAGGAGGACGAGGAGGAAGCGCAGGGAGCGGCGAGGGGCAGCCGGGCGCGCCCUCAGAGCCAGGCGGAGCCCGCGGGCGGCGGCGGCAGGACUCAGGAGCGGCAUGAGAGGAAACGGAAGAGGCAGGAGGCGCAGCAGCUCCAGAAGCUCCAGCACCUGGAGUCCUUCUAUGAGAAACCCCCCCCAGGGUUAAUUAAGGAGAAUGAAACAAAGCCAGAAGACUGCAUACCUGAUGUACCAGGCAAUGAAGGUGCACGAGAGUUCCUGGCACAUGCCCCAACAAAAGGGCUUUGGAUGCCUUUGGGAAAAGAAGUCAAAGUCAUGCAGUGUUGGAGAUGUAAACGUUAUGGACACAGAACAGGAGACAAAGAAUGCCCCUUCUUUAUUAAAGGCAAUCAGAAAUUGGAGCAGUUCAGAGUAGCACAUGAAGAUCCAAUGUAUGAUAUCAUCAGGGAAAACAAGCGGCACGAAAAGGAGAUGAGGAUACAACAGCUGAAGCAGCUCCUGGAAGACUCUACCUCAGAUGAUGACGACAGCAGUGAUGAGGAAGAUGAGGACAGCAGCUCCACCUCCUCAGAAUGUAGAGAUAAACACAAAAAGAAGAAGAGAAAGAAAGAAAAGAAAAAGAAGGAAAAGAAGAAGAAAAAGAAGAAAAAGCACAAAUGAUCUGAGUGUAAGGAGAAGUCAGAAUCUGACUGACAGCAGUCACCUGCUGCAUGCUCAUUGACCUCUAUUGUAAACUGCAAGGAAGGGUCCAAAGAACAGGAAGAAAGCACCAGAAAGGGCUUUGUUCAAUUCAGUUCCAUCCAUCCAGCUGGAUACAUACAGCACCCCACCCUGGCUGUCCCCUCUGCGGCAUGAACCAGAUCUCUCUACUGUGAAACCUGCACUCAGGCUCAUCCCUCACGGUCACCUUGGGCCUGGCUGCAUUGCCACGCGUGGCUCAGCAGCAAGCCCUGACUACCAAGGGGCUGCCAACCAGUCUGCAGCACUGGCAGGCUCUCUCUUCAAGUGUCUUUUCUCCUUGAAGUGAUUUAAUUCUAUACAAAGCCUCCUUGUGCUGGAACAGCAGUUUGCACGGCGCAGAGCACUGGGGGUUCUCUUACUGCUUAUAAUGAGCAGGUUGUUUCUUUCUCUGCACCCUGCCUGCAUGCUGAAGUUCAGUCUACUGGGCUUAGUGCUGGCAGCAAGGGAAAUGAGAGCAGAGCUGAAGGAGGAAAAAGUUAAUCAAGGGCUUGACCUUAAGACAAAAUUGCAGUGUCAGCAGGAUGGGGUGGGUUUUUUGUGCAUAGCAAAAUCUCACAUCAUCACCAUUCACCUGUAUUCAUCUGCAACACCUAAAGCAUUCUCCAGCCCAUAGGAGUGGGAACCAAGUGUCAGAUGUUCAACCUCACUGUAAAGGAAGUGGCUUUAGUCAUUUAAAAGGCAGGGUUUGUGUUAGAAGUGACAAGCACUGAUUUCCAGCUCCACUUCAGGAUCAGUUGUUUUGAUACAUUUGAGGAAUUUUUCCUUUUAGAAAGGAAGAUCAAUUCCAAUUUUAAUGUUCUGCUUCCUAGACUUAUUUUAUGGAGCAGUAUUUUGUGAGUCAUCCCACACAACUGUAAAUGUGUAAGAUGUUCAGGAUGGCAUUUCAAUAUGCAUGGAAGCCACGGAGCAGGAGCAAAGAAUGUGCAAACAGGAAGUAGGGGUGGUUAUGUACUUAAUUGACCUUUUGACUGGCCACAUUUAGCUCUGUCAAAGCAUCUUUUUGAGUCCUCAAAGUACAAAGCUGUGAUUUGAGGACCCACAUGCUUUGUAUUGGUACUCUGCAAAAGGAAAAAGAGAUUUGCUUUGAAAAGGCUAAGACAGACUUACAGAGAAAUUAGCCUCUGUGCUUACACUGAGGGAAAAAACCCAACCAGAAAAGCUCUAAACAGCAGUAAAAGUGAAACUGAGAAAUGAUUAAAAUGCAGACAUUUGUUCUGUCUUUUUUCUUCUGAGAGCUUUGGAAAAAGAGAACAGUGUGAAGGAUAUAUUAAACCGUGUUUUCUCCCUCCUA